GAAGUUGGGCUCAGGCUCAGAGGCAGUGUUCAGUGUUUAGUGUUUAGUAGUCCUGUCAUGACUGAGUGCUCUGCACUUUUAUUCCUGAAAGUAGCCAUGUAGCAGGGUGUGUGUGUGUGUGUGUGUGUGUGUGUCUAUUAACGACCUCUACUGCCUGUGAGAUGAAUCCUGUACUUAAAGAUUUUGAUGUUUACUUCCCGAAGAUGGAUGGCUACCAGUAAACGAUGGCCAUUGACUAAGAUGAUUAAUGUGAGGAAGACAACUGACACUGCGUGAUCAAUUUAAAAAGGAAAAAUAAACCUUAGUUUCAGUGUAUGGCUAAGAUGUGUAGGUGUGUCUCUGCGUGCCUGUGGUUGGCCGUGGUACUGCUCCCUACACUGCAAGCUAGAGUGACUGCCCCGGUUCAGCUGCAGACGAUGCUGGGCCGCCCUGUUACUCUAAGCUGUAACGUGACCAUAGAAGUUGGUGACGUCCUCAAACAGGUUCGCUGGCUGGAUUUUCACAACAAAAGUGUCCUCUAUUACCAGCCCGAGAAGCCUGGCAGCCUCACCAGGCGAGACGGUGUGGAGCUCAUCGACCAGCAAAUGCACACAAGUGCUAUUGCCAUUGAGAGGACCAAGCCAGGGGAUGAAGGCUGCUACACAUGUGUGUUCGACGUGUACCCAUCUGGACAGCAGCGGGGGAAGACUUGCCUCUUUUUAAAUGCAAAAGCGGAGUCAGUAGGCAACAAGACGGCAGUGCACGGGAAGAAUGUGACGCUCUCGUGCACCUACGCACUCGCCAACAGGGUCCGUCAGAUCCUGUGGAAGAAAACGGCGGAGCAGGGUGACACGGCCACUGUGGCCUCCUACACCAAGAGCGGCAACCUGAGCGUAGAGCUGCCAUUCCAGGAGCGAGUGAAGCUGAGCCAGACGUUGGGAUACAGCCAGUUAACCAUAGGCCCCGUCCACAUGGAGGACGAGGGAUGUUACACCUGCGAUUUCCACACGUACCCGGGGGGCUUGAGGAGUGUCACGGCAUGUCUGGCUGUCUAUGUCCUGCCCAAACCUGAGGUGAGCUACGCCACCACGGAGAAAGGAGUAAUCCAGGCCAACUGCACGGCCGUGUCUCGUCCUCCUGCAGAGCUCGUCUGGAAUGUGGAGGGUCAUAACCGCACGCUGGCGCCCUCCGAGACCUCGGUUUACCCGCAGGGAGACGGCACUGCAAUGGUGGUCACCACCAUACAGUUUCAGUCCCAACUGCUGGACGAGGAGCAAGUGAUAUGUACGGCGCUCCAUCAGGGCCUGGAGACGAGCAUUUCUGUAGCCCUGAACAAGGCUGGAUUUAAGAGCAUCAUCAUCAUCUCAGUCGGGCUUGCAGUGCUUGUACUGCUCAUAUGCCUGUGUUUGUGCAUGAAGAGGAGAUAACAACAUACUCCGAGCUGACUGAGAUGAACCCAAAAAAAUGCUGCUAUGACUAGAGAAAGCCACAGUCUCUCUUAUAUAUAGUAUGUUUUAUGAAUGUACUAAUGAGCAUAUGAUUUUUCUUUGGCAUUUAAAUGAUAAUUUAAACUAAAAUGCUAUCACUGGAAACACUAAACCUCUUUUUGUUUUGAUGUAUUUUCACUUACAGUAUGAAUUUCAUUGCACUAAAUAGUAAUCUUAUUGUUGACAUUGUUAAUGUUGAUUUUGAAAAUUAAAAAAGAAAAAUUACAAGAAGUCCACAUUUUAUGAGAGAACAGUUUUUAUAAAUAUUGCUCCGUCAGAGGUGUGUAUGCAUCUCCACUAGAGGGAAGUGUACUCAUAUCUGGAGGUUGUUGCUCUACACUAGAGCAUCUACACUGAUGGGAUCCAACUGAAUCAAAGACUUUGGUUUUCUUCAGUUAAGAACUGUAAUGGAUGAACACAAGAAAGUUUGAUCAUAUUUUGCAACUAAAUAAUACUAAUAUUGCUCAAAUAACAUCAAGUCUCCACCAUGGACCUGAUAUGUCACUGGGGAAAUCAUAUUUAUGUGUUUGUUUGGGGCCAUUUUAACAGCUUGGCAUUUUAAAGAAGUAAGAAACCUCAAAGUGAAAAAAAAAAGGCAGUGUGAAUUGCAAACACAUCUCUCACAUCUCUUACAAAAAAAAGCAGAAACAGUUCUUCAAGGGUUCUUUUGAUAAAGGAAAUGAAUAUCUAUAAAACUAUGACAAUUUUAAAGAACUUCAGGAGCUUCAAUGAUUCUUUGCAUUUUUAAUCUGUGACAUUGAAAUUACUCCUCCAUAAAGUCAGUUAUUAUAGUCUCUCAUACAUCUAUUACUGUUUAUUGUUAUUAUAAUUGUUCAUGAUCUAGGGGAAAGCUUUGAAACAUUGCAGGAACAUGGAUAAAUUGUUCCAACAUGGCAGUUCGAAAGAUAUCAUCAGUCCUGUUUAAUGUCAUAAAACAUGUCUACAUAAAAUAAGUAUGGAAAUAAAAAUUUUUUGAAGGAGUGCUGUUAUAGCAAAAUACUCAACUUUGGGUUGGUGUGAUGCGAGCCUAGGCAAAGCUGAUAUACUGUUACCACCACAGAGUUGAUUUUUUUCCAAUAACAUCACAUCCCAAAGUUUUUAUUCCUUUUAUACCAUAGUGACCUGCCAGUAAUGACAAGUAAAGUCACAGAUACAGUCAGGUCCUGAAUUGUCAGGUGAUUUUGCCUUUAUACACCACCACAAUGGAUUUGAAAUAAAACAAUCAACAUGUGAUUGAAGUGUAGACUUUCAGCUUUAUUUUAAGAGGCUCCACAAAAAUAUGGCAUUUACCAUUUAGGAAUUACAGCCAUUUUCAACAAAGUACCUCCAUUUUCAGGGGCUCAAAGGUUUUUGGACAAUUGACUGACAAGAAGUUAACUGACCAGGUGCGGCCCAUUCCCUCAUUACUUCAAGACAAAUGAAGCAGAUAAAAGGUCUGGAGUUGAUAUCAGGUAUUGAGUUGGCAAUUUGUCAGCUGUUCGACUGGAGCUACCAAUAUGAAGUCCAAGGAGAUCUCAAUGCAAGUGAAGGAGGCCAUUAUUAGGAUGAAAAAAAACCAACAUAAAUCUAUAAGAGAGAUAACAAAAACCUUAGGUGUGGCCAAAUCAACAGUUGGGUAUAUUCUUAAAAAGAAAGAAAGCACUGGUGAGCUGAACAACAUCGAAAGGCCUGGAAGACCACGGAAGACAACUAAUGUGGAUGAUCGCAGAAUCCUUUCCUUGGUGAAGAAAAACCCCUUCACAGCAUCAACAGAAGUCAAGAAUACUCUGGAGAAGGUAAGCGUAUCAUUGUCAAAAUCUACAAUCAAGAGACACCUUCAUGAAUGUAAAUACAGAGGGUUUACAACAAGAUGCAAACCACUGGUAAUAUUCAAGCCAGAUUAGACUUUGCUAGAAAACAUCUAAAAAAACCCUCCCAUGUUCUGGAAUAAGAUUCUUUGGACUGAUGAAACCAAAAUUAACUUGUACUAGAAUGAUGGGAAGAGAAAAGUAUGGUGAAAGAAAGGAACAGCUCAUGAUCCAAAGUAUACCACAUCAUGUGUCAAACAUGGUGGAGGCAGUGUUAUGGCAUGGGCAUGUAUGGCUGCCAGUGGAACGGGCUCACUGGUGUUUAUUGAUGAUGUGACUGCUGACAGAAGUAGCAAGAUGAAUUCUGAGGUGUAUAGGGCUAUACUCUCUGCUCACAUUCAGCCAAAUGCUACAAAACCGAUAGGACGCCGCUUCACAGUGCAGGUGGAUAAUGACCCUAAACAUACUGCGAAAGCAACUCAAGACUUUUUGAAGGCAAAGAAAUGGAAUAUUCUUCAAUGGCCAAGUCAUUCACCUGAUCUCAACCCAAUAGAGCAUGCUUUUCACUUACUGAAGACAAGACUGAGGGCAGAAAGACCCACAAACAAGCAGCAACUGAAGGUGGCUGCAGUGAAGGCCUGGCAAAGCAUCUCCAGGGAGGAAACUCAGAAUUUGAGUUUUGAGAACAUGGGCUCCAGACUUCAGGCAGUCACUGACUGCAAAGGAUUUUCAUCCAAGUAUUAAAAUUAUGGUUAUAUUUACAAUUAUGUCACUUUGUCCAAAUACCUUUGAGCUCCUGAAAAUGGAGGUACUUUGUUGAAAAUGGCUGUAAUUCCUAAAUGGUAAAUGCCAUAUUUUUGUGGAACCUCUUAAAAUAAAGCUGAACGUCUACACUUUGAUCACAUCUUAAGUGUUUUAUUUCAAAUCCAUUGUGGUGGUGUAUAAAGGCAAAAUCACAAAAACUCUGCCAUUGUCCAAAUACUUCCGGACCUGACUGUAUCUCUGAACCACACAUCAUAUGCUUUAACCGUUUACAGCGUAUCUUUUUUAUCUUUCGUGAAAUUACUAAUACAAAAAUACAGCUUGUCAUAUUACGGAGAAACCACAAAAUGCAAUUAAAAAAGUCCCUAGUGGAAAACUUAAAUUUACAGUUUUACCUCUGUUACAAAGCACUGACACUGGAGACUCCUUCAAUAAAUGUUAUACAAAUGUCUCAAAGCUUCACCAUAUCAACAAUACAUUUUGAUUACUUAAACCCAUCAGACCUGAUUUUUUUCCACUGAGCAAAAAAAUUUUUACCCACUUGAUAUUUACUCUUCUCCAAUGUAGAAAUGAGUCUUUAAAAAAAGAUUUGUUUCAACUCAUGUUUUUAUUAGAUUUUUUUUUCAUAUCCACUACAAUGGACACCACGACUGAAGCGAUGUAAAAUUUCAAGAAACCUUUCAUAUUUUAACGAUACUUGUGAACUAGAGUUUAAACAUAUACAGUAUGUGAACUAGUCUGAAAGAUUUGGUUCCUCUCAAGGUUUCUUCCUCAUAUCCUCUUGGGGAGUUUUUCUUUGCCACCAUCGCCUUUGGCUUGCUCAUUAGGGAUAAAUUCACAUACUUACAAUUUAUUUUGAUUUAAUUUAAUUUGAAUCUUUUUAUUUCUAUAAAGCUUCUUUGUGACAAUGUCCAUUGUUAAAAGCGCUAUACAAAUAAAAUUGAAUUGAAUUGAA